GAUCAAAUUUCUUUUGAUAGAAAUAAAAUAUUUACCAUGUCGAAACAAUACAAUGCGAUUAUACGCUUGUGGAAUAAUUUCACAAGGGCGUAUAACCGAUUCGUAUUGUUGAGAGAUGUUAGAGCAUGGUUCUGUUUAUGUUAUUUCGAGCCAGAGUGAAAUUAUUUGUACGACGUAUUACCGCCCGAGUGUAUAAAUAGUGUUAAAACACGGUUUUGCUAUAAAUUAUUUCGAUAUUUCGAUUGUAAUAUGUCCUUAAUCUAAUAUAGUAGCGCUCUUUCUUGGUCGCAACAAAAAUUGACGUCAUCGCACGUUAACGUGACGUCAUUCUAGCGUAAGAGUGUUUUAACAGAGAAAAGCAUAUUAGAAUUAACAGUGUUAAUUCCUUGGGAUUCUGCAGAUGUUAUAACACAAAAAAACAUGCGUUAUCCCUACAUUUUAUCAAAUACCUCCACGUUUUUGUUUGUUGCUUUGUUAUCGAACGAAUCUUAAAUGCUUGUCGAUGUUAAAAAAGAAAUAAGUGAAGUUUUUGUGUGUGCUAUUUAUAGAAUUGUGUCAGGUCAUGCAUAUUAAAUUAAAGUAGUCCAGCAACAUACAAUACAAAAGGUACAAUACGGACUAUUUUCUACCUGUUCAUAUUUACCUAUGAAAUACAAGUUGAAUUUAUAUAUAGUUAUAUAAUAAAAAUAUACUCUGCUUACCAUAUUGAACGUUUUCUCUUUAUUAUUGUGAUUUCCGUAUUUUAUCGUUAUGGCUCCGCUUAAAUGUUGAAACAAUGAUAUUUUAUAACGUCACAGCUGGGAUAAACAGCAUCUACUCCGCGUCAUUGCAUACCAAACCAUAGUAAUUUUCACGUUUUAUUGCUGAAAAAAAAAACGCGAAAUUGUUUAAUGAAGAUAUUGCUUAGAAUUUGAGUUCUAUAUUCCUAGAAUGACAAAGCUUGUCUGAUUUUGUCGUUUUGGUGCGUUUGACCAGCGCCAACACAUCAAAACGCUAUUGCGACAAAUCAGGUAUUUAUCGUUUUGGCGGCCCCUUGCAUCAAUUCCUUGACUUGACCUAUUGGCAGCCUGUCAAAAAGACGUAUAUUUCAUUUGUCGUAUUAGAGACUGUUGAGAAGGAACAUUUAUGGUGAACAUAUCACACUUGGCUGAGCAGGUAGGAACCUUUUGGUAAGCUAAAUCUCGUAAGGAUCUUAUUUGCCUGUCUGUGUAAGACGAUUUUUCCCCCCUACCUGAGGGACAGUGUGGAAUGAAAAACCGAGCGUUAGUGAAGGGUUUUUUUUUAUCUGAUUUACACAGGCAGACAUGUUAGAUUAUUUUUCUUGCUAUCACGUUCAAAAUAGUUAGUGGUGACAAAUAGAUUUGGGUAUUUCCUGGCAUUAUGUUUUAUAGUUUAUGACAAUAUAAUAUUGCCAGUACUAUUUGAUGUCACCUAAGUGCACGCUAUUUUUAUAGACAAGGAAUAUCCCUGGCGCGUGCUCAAACAAAUGUGAACUUUCCCCGCUAUAGGUUGGCAAGAAUUGUCGUUCUGGAAUGUUGGCGCCCUCAAAAGGCAUCACAAACACACCAGAACGAGAUGGCAGAUAUCAGCGUUUAAAAAUUAAGAUCAACCUGUAUGCAUCAUUAAUAGCUUUCGAUCAAGUUAAGUCAUUUAUUAUUAAUAGCACUAGCCGCUACAGUUAGAAUAAGUCACCUGUUGUUUUCCACUUUUUCUAGAGGAUCGAGAUCUUACUAUUACACCACAAAAUAAACGAAGGAUGUGUUUUAAAUUUGCUUUUAAAGUGUGUUUUAAAGACGUCUGGUAAUUUGAGAACAUUUACAUCCACUUGAUAAAAUAAUAAAGUCAAUAGAUCUAGCGGUGAUUUGCGAUUUAUUUAAAACGCUUAUGUGUUUGAAACAUUUUCAACAUCGUUACCACUUGUAAAAGUAAGGGGAUUGGCACAGUGCGAUGAUUUAUUGUUUUGGACGUUUAAAGAAUAAGAGUAGUUCACAAAGGAGUUACACUAACUUUGUCUAUUUCUUGGUGACUGGUUUGAGGUAGAGAGGACGGAACUACAAUGGGGACAGAAUACGUGACAUUCUGCAAUACCAUACAGACGAAGAAAACGUCUCGUUUCAAGUGUUAUGAGCCACUAGUGAAUGGGGUAUGUCACAAAGGCAAAAUGCAUCUUUCGUUGUUGUCCCGCCAUUCGCCUCUAACAUCGCAGCAGAGGUCCACCCUGAUCUGCCACCUUGGCAACACAUGUUUAGUAGAAGCGGAUAUCAUAAAAGCUUUAACAGAAUUGCAUACGUCAUGAUGAAGAUUAAAUCACAACAAUAAAAGGAAUCAAUUGACAGGUCAAAUACCAAUCUUCAGAUGUUUCGCUGAUGCCAUUGAAAUACGUAGAGGACUGUAGUUUAAAAUCUAAACCCUUUGGGGAUGUACCAUAAAGCAGUGAAUCAAGUCCGUACCUCGAAAAGUGAUAAAAUCGGUAAAUCAGCAUUGACAUAACUGAGUAAAGCAUCCCUAGAAAUAGCGCGAUAGCUCUUUAAACCAUCAACAGUGAUCACAGUUGCAAAUGAAUAAGAUUUUUAGAUGAUGUUAGACAAUGCAAGAAUUUAAAAUUCAAAUAUCUCAUGUGAAAUUAAUAAGGAUUAUAUUUAUUUUGAAAUAUCAGAAUACACUGAAUAAAUGAAAAUAUUUUUUAAUGAAAAUUGCUGUUAUCUAUUUCAUAAUAGUGUUUUGUAUAAAGUUAUAAACAAACGAUUGAUAUUAAAGAAUACUGGGGCAAAUCUGAUAUUAUUGGCGACAUUCGAUAUAGUUAAAGGCAUUUCAGAAUGAUUACAUCGAAUGAGAAAAGAAAGCCGUGUUCAGUUUAUGGAAUACCCUUUUUCAGAGUCACAGUUCUCUCGUUUGUAGGACUUUGUGUUGGUGUCAUACUUACUUCGUCCACUUUACAAUUGUCAAUAAUAUUUGAUAGCUCGAUAGAAAUAAAGAGAAAUGUUACGGAUGGAAAUUCUAAACUAUCGACAAAUCCCUAUGUCGGUGUAAAACAGGAAGAUAAAUUGAGUAAUAAUACAAAUACCACCAGCAGCAGACGACAGAGUAAUUGCAUUUCGUGUUUUCAGCACAACUUUAAUUAUGUGAUACAAAAUGACAGAAUAUGCAAACUGUAUUCGCCCAAUCAAACUGUGGAAUUAAUUGUACUCAUAAUGACCAUCCAUAAAAACACGAACGAAAGAAUGGCAUUACGUGCCACCUGGCUUUCAUAUACUAAAAAUAACACGGCCAAUGUCAGAUAUGCAUUUCUUUUAGGUGAAAUUGAUGAUAAUAAACAACAGGAAGCUAUACUGAAAGAAAACAGUGUAUACCACGACAUCAUCAAAGAAGAUUUCAUUGAUAAGUAUGUGAAUUUAACUUACAAAACUAUUAUGGGAUUUAAAUGGGCGUCAACAAAGUGUGCGCAUGCGCAUUACGUAAUGAAAACUGAUGACGACAUGUUUGUCAACAUUCCAAAUGUUCUGAAUACUUGCAAGGGUAGUCACAAUGAAACGUUACAGAAAGCAAUCCUUGGGGCCUGUCACAUAAAAGCAAGCCCUAUACGAAACCAGAAGUCAAAGUGGUUUGCUUCAGUGGCCAGUUAUCCUGAGAAAUCUUAUCCCGGGUUUUGUUCCGGGACAGGUUAUUUGACCAGCAUGCAUGUAGCGAGUGAAGUUUAUAAAAUCUCCCAUACUAUUCCUUUCUUUCACCUAGAGGAUGUUUAUGUAUCACUAUGUAUAAGAAAAUUAGGCUUUAAACUUCAGCCAAUCUCUGGAUUCAAUGCAGGUCGACCAAAAAUGGAUCCAUGCCUCUAUAAAGGAGAUAAAUUGAUUACAGCUCAUCAGUUGACACCAGUAAUGUUAAAGUCAAUAUGGCAUGGAAAGUGCGUCAAACAAUGACAAGGUAAUUGGAAAGGCAAUUUAUGAAAAUGUGUGCAUUAUAUUUUCAUUCUUUUGAAAUAAGUACAUGUAUUAAACAUUUUAAAUACCGUGUUUAUAUUUUUGAAAUUUUAUCACAUACCUACACAGUGCUACGAUAACACACUGUAUAACUAGUUUACUAACCUGUGUGACAUUAGUUAAUUGUACCGCAAAGUGCCAUUCGAAACAUUUACACAUUUAAUUGUACUUACUGAAAGGCAUAAUGGUAGAGCAGUCGUUUGUUGUUUGUACCCCAAAGUGCUGUUCGAAACAUUUACACAUUGAAUUCUACUUAGUGAAAGGCAUAAUCAUUAUGGUAGAGCAGCCGUUAGUUGAUUGUACCACAAAGUGUCAUUCGAAACAUUUGCACAUUGAAUUGUCCUUACUGAAAGGUAUAAUGAUAGAACAGUCCUUAUUGUUAGACAUUUUUAUUAUUUUUAUCUUGCUAUUUUCAUUUUACAUGUUUGUUUUUUUUUCACAAAUAUAUAAGCAUCAUGUAUAUUGCCUUUUAUCAACAAUACCAUCAUAACUAAAAAUGAUUCAACAUCCCUCAUCUACCAUAUGGUAGAUAAAUUAGAAAAAGUUCAGCGUCCAGCGGCUAGAUUCAUAACAGGGGAUUACAAAUCCAGAGAUGUGGGCUGUGUAACAAGGAUGUUGAGUACACUGGAACUACCAACUCUACACCAACGCCGUCAGUCAAACCGACUGAUUUCCUAUUCAAGGUGGCUGAGGGUCUGGUGCCAGCACUACCACCAUCAGAAUACCUGCAUCCGGCGAAACAGAGAAGGCACAUUUAAAUUAAGAAAUUUACAGACUGUGAGACAAAAAACGUUCUUGAAAAACAAGUAAUAAAUAAUUCACGUGGCUCUCUGGUUAAACAUUGUAGAAAUGAGCAAUUACGAAACUCUUUCUUUGUGAAAACGACAAAGGAUUGGAACCGUCUGGAAGAUCAGAUAGUGUGCGCAAAGACAGUACAGGGCUUUAAGUCAGCCCUCCAUUAUUACUAGCGCCUCUCCCCGGUGUUCUAUACCGUAACUUGUCCUACACCUAGAACAUACAGAUAGAGAUACAGGUAUGACGUUGCUAAAUUUCGUCAACGUCAGAACACGCGGACGUUCCCCGGUUACCCGGUGUGAAGCAAACUGCUCCACUACUGAACCGUCAAUGGUGGUCGUAAUGGCCGUUUUAGCGGGUUUUUUUUUUGUUACUGUAUAUACAUGUAGCAAGGUAUAUAAUAGCGUUAUUUAAAACAUUAUUGGUUGCUGCCUCGAAGUCUUAUUUCUGCCUUGAUUGAUGCAACAUAUUUGUAUUACUUGUACUGUUAGAAAACAUGUUUUGGUAUACUCAGGCUUUUAUUUAGACCAUUGAACUUUGUUUUUUGCUAUAGUAACGAACCGAUAAGUAAGGAAAAAGAAAUAAAUGCCGGAUAAUGGUAGUAGACAAAAUCUAUAUUAAAGUUCAUGUAAUUAUCAACUUCUCCGAUUAUCUAGAAAGAAGGAAGUAAGAAAACUGUUGUUUUUAAUAUGGUAUUUUAUUAGCUUCCAUUUUACCGGGUCUUUUGAAGUUUGGUCCAUUUUCUAUAAAAUAUCAACGAAAAUGCAAAACGAAAAAAAAACAGACCCCCCCCCCCCCCCCCCCCCCCCAACAAAAAAAAUGUGGUAGUUUCGAAAUUUGAUGAUUUGGAAGGUGUUUAUGUAUUGAUUCAUUUUCAUUAUUACUCAUUGUAUUAGUGAGCAGGUCCUUAAACAUACUGUACUGCGAUAUAAGCGUGAGGUUUCGGUUCAUCAGAUAUGAUGGUAUUGCUGAUUUGUUAACACUCUAACGCUUUGCAAUAUUUUCAUACUUAGUGUAUUUUGUCAUGAUUGCAUUUCAUUUACAUUGACCAUACAUGGCUCAGUAGGUAUUAAAUUUACAUGUAUUGUAUAUAUGAUAUAAAAAGAACUUUGUUUAUCAUAUACAACUGUUUGUUGUGGGACGACUUUUUUAGUCUUUCUUGUGUUCUAAUAGGGCGUGGACGGUAGCAUGCAUUUCCACUACCAUCCAUGAACAGGCUCAAUCAAACCGAGCCUGCAACAUUUUCGUUUUUGUCGUGUUGAGCGACCUGUGGAGUUUCCACUUUUCUCUUUUUUAAUACCACAGCAGCGUUGUUUGUGCCGUGUGGCGGCCGUACAUUCAAUCAGGGCUGUUAUAUUUCGAUCUUCUCAGAUCGUUCAUCACGACUUUUAUGUCGUGUUAUUGGUACUGUUUAGUUUCUCAACAUGACCAUUUCGGCCUGGAUGGUUCCAAUACUCCCGCUUUCAUAGCCUUGGGUAUUGUAUAAUUACCCCUUGGAUAUGGUGCCUGCUUUUUAAUUUUGUCUUUUGACAGUUCCUGUGAUACGCAGGCUCCAUAACCUCAGAUCCCCUUCCUAAAUUCCAGUUUGUUUAGUUCUGCCCAUUGUUUUCUCGUUUGGGGCAAACCCUUUACUUUAUCUGGGGACCAAAUGCCGCUCUUCAUGGAAUUACACGCCUCAACACGUGUAUCAUUGAAGGUUCCAUGUUCACCGCCGUUUGAAUACAUCUGUGGAUGUCUUUAAAUUGCUUUUUGUACUUUUAGCAUGUGUAAAUGUUGAGUUCUGCUCAACCCGGGGCUAGAUGUUGUGGACGGUAGCAUGCAUUUCCACUACCGUCCAUGAACAGGCUCAAUCAAACCGAGCCUACAUCAUUUUCGUUAUUGUCGUGUUGAGCGACCUGUGAAGUUUCCACUUUUCUCUAUUUUAUUAUCACAGCAGCAUUGUUUGUGCCGUGUGGCGGCUGUAAAAAGUCUCCCCGUACAUUCAAUCAGGGCUGUUAUAUUUCGAUCUUCUCAGAUCGUUCAUCACGACUUUUAUGUCGUGUUAUUGGUACUGUUUAGUUUCUCAACAUGACCAUUUCGGCCUGGGUGGUCCCAAUACUCCCGCUUUCAUAGCCUUGGGUAUUGUAUAAUCACCCCUUGGAUAUGAUGCCUACUUUUUAAUUUUGUCUUUUGACAGUUCCUGUGAUACGCAGGCUCCAUAACCUCAGACCCCCUUCCUAAAUUCCAGUUUGUUUAGUUCUGCCCAUAGUUUUCUCGUUUGGGGCUAACCCUUUACUUUAUCUGGGGACCAAACGCCGCUCUUCAUGGAAUUACACGCCUCAACACGUGUAUUAUUGAAGGUUCCAUGUUCACCGCCGUUUGAAUACAUCUGCGGAUGUCUCUAAAUUGCUUUUUGUACUUUUACCAUGUGUAAAUGUUGAGUUCUGCUCAACCCGGGGCUAGAGGGCGUGGACGGUAGCAUGCAUUUCCAUUACCGUCCAUGAACAGGCUCAAUAAAACGAGCCUGCAACAUUUUCUUUUUUGUCGUGUUGAGCGACCUGUGAAGUUUCCACUUUUCCCUAUUUUAAUUUUCAUACUAAUUUCAAUUUGGUGCUAUUUAUUUUCAAGUUUAAUAUGUGUUUGGUAUAUCUAUUCUGUUCAGUAAGAAUUGCUAUCUGUAAUAAAUGGGUAAUAUGA